AUGGAAGAGUAUCAUGUUAUCGUUAGAGAUCUUGCCGAGAAGUUGGAAAAGGAAGAUGAUCGUCUUUUCAGAACGCCGAAUAAAUUUUGGCAAGAGGACAAGGCCUUCUUUUUCAUGACGAGGGAAAAUCCGGUUAGAAAGCUUUUCUUGGCAAUUUCAAGCAAUAAAAUAUUUGAUAAUAUCAUCUUAGUUGCCAUCAUUGCAAACUGCCUUCAAUUAGCAAGUUAUGAGCACCUUCCGAAUGGUGACCGCGGUGAGCUUUCAGAUUUCCUUGACGCGACGGAAAUUUACUUCCUGUGGAUUUUCAUUGUUGAAAUGGUUGUCAAAAUUAUGGCACUUGGUUUUUGCCUGCAUAAGAAUUCUUACUUGACGAAUGGCUGGAACAUCAUGGAUUUUGUGGUUGUUUCUACUGGUAUUCUGGACAUGUAUGGCGAGGUUUUAUUUAAACUGCUUGGACUUGAUCCAUCAUUACUGUCAAAGAUGAAAUUGCUGAAAAUGGGGCGAGUUUUCCGCCCGCUGAAAAUGAUCUCUAACUCUCCUUCUUUACAAGCUUAG